AUGGAUGCCGAUCUUUACGACGAAUUUGGCAAUUAUAUAGGUCCAGAGUUGGACUCUGACGAUGAAGAUGAUGUUGAUGUCCCACAUGAGGACCAACAACAAGCGGAUGAGGAUGACCAGGAAGAACAAGAGGAUGAAGAUGAGAAUAUGGAAGAUGACAACAAUCAAGGCCAGUCAAAUGAAAUAGUUCUCCAUGAAGACAAGAAAUAUUAUGCUACGGCUAUGGAGGUGUACGGUGAAGAUGUUGAAACAAUAGUACAGGAGGAGGACGCCCAACUGCUUACCGAGCCAACUGUGAAACCUGUUAAGCAAAGAAAGUUUCAGGCGGUUGAACACGAGUUACCUGAAACUGUGUACAAUAAAGAAUAUUUGGCUGACCUUAUGGACUGCCCACAUUUAAUGCGCAACGUAACAAUAGCAGGUCAUUUACAUCAUGGAAAAACUACCUUUAUUGACUGCCUUAUGGAACAAACCCAUCCUGAAUUUGUCAGAGCGGAAGAUAUUGACACACGUUAUACUGACACUCUUUAUAUAGAGCAGCAACGGGGUUGUAGUGUAAAAUCAACUCCAGUGACAUUGGUUAUGCAGGACAGUAGGCAGAAAAGCUAUUUGCUAAACAUAUUAGAUACACCAGGCCAUGUUAACUUUUCUGACGAGCUCACAGCUGCAUAUCGUUUGAGUGAUGGAGUUGUUCUUAUGGUUGACGCUCACGAAGGAGUAAUGCUGCAAACUGAACGGGCUCUUAGGCAUGCUGUUCAAGAAAGGCUUCCUGUUACUGUGUGCAUCAACAAAAUCGAUCGGCUUAUUUUGGAACUGAAAUUACCUCCAACUGAUGCAUACUACAAAUUGAGAUUUGUGCUGGACCAGAUCAAUGGCUUGCUACAGACAUUUAGCGAGGAAGCUGAAGCUCCUUUACUAACGCCGUUAUUGGAUAACGUUAUUUUUGCUAGUUCUAGAUAUAACAUUUGUUUUUCACUGCUAAGUUUUGCGAACCUGUACGCAGAACACUAUGGAACAUUCAGUGGAGCUGCAUUUGCUCAUCGUUUAUGGGGUGAUCAAUAUUUUGAUAAAAAGACGCGAAAGUUUGUGAAUAAACCUCCGCAUUCUGGAGCUUCUCGUUCAUUUGUUGAAUUUAUAUUAGAACCUUUAUAUAAAAUUUUCUCACAGGUUGUUGGGGACGUUGACACUUGCCUCCCGUCAAUGAUUUCUGAGCUUGGGAUAAAGUUGACUAAGGAAGAACAAAAAAUGAAUGUUCGUCCUUUAAUCGCUCUUAUCUGCAAGAGGUUUUUUGGUGACUUCACAGCAUUCGUCGAUCUAGUGACUCGCAACAUUCAAUCACCACUUGACAGUGCGAGAGUGAAGGUGGAGCAUACUUACUUGGGACCUCUGGAUAGUAAAUUGGCACAGGCACUGAUAAAAUGUGAUGCUGAGGGUCCCUUGAUGGUUCAUACGACUAAGAAUUACGCAACUGCUGAUGCAACUUCGUUUCAUGUCUUUGGCAGAGUUAUUAGUGGAACUUUGUACGCAGGGCAAGACGUUCGAGUGCUGGGUGAGAACUAUAGUAUUCAGGAUGAAGAGGACUGUAGGAUAAUGACAGUCGGUCGUUUAUGGGUCAGUGAGGCAAGGUACAAUGUCGAGGUAUCUCGAGUCCCCGCUGGAAAUUGGGUUUUGAUUGAGGGCAUCGAUCAGCCUAUUGUUAAGACGGCUACAAUUACACAAGUAGAGUACGAGGAGGAUGUCUACAUUUUCCGGCCUUUGAAGUUCAACACUAAAUCUGUCGUUAAGAUGGCCAUUGAGCCUAUUAAUCCCUCGGAAUUGCCAAAGAUGUUGGACGGGCUUCGGAAGGUCAACAAAUCUUAUCCUUUGCUCACGACUCGUGUCGAGGAAUCAGGAGAGCACGUAAUGCUUGGUACGGGAGAGCUUUACAUGGAUUGUGUCAUGCAUGACAUGCGGAAAGUGUUUUCCGAGAUUGACAUCAAGGUAGCCGACCCUGUAGUUUCAUUUUGCGAAACUGUUGUCGAAACUUCGUCUUUAAAAUGUUUUGCUGAAACUCCAAAUAAGAAGAACAAGUUAACCAUGAUUGCUGAACCGCUAGAGAAGGGAUUAGCGGAAGACAUAGAAACUGAAGUGGUUCAAAUUGGCUGGAACAAAAAGAGGCUUGGCGAGUUUUUCCAAACAAAGUAUGAGUGGGAUUUAUUGGCUGCUCGUAGCAUAUGGGCUUUUGGUCCGGAUACUACGGGACCAAAUGUACUCUUGGAUGACACUUUACCUUCUGAAGUUGAUAAGGAUUUACUUAAAACAGUUCGGGAGUCAUUGGUUCAGGGUUUCCAGUGGGCUACACGCGAAGGACCAUUAUGUGAAGAACCUAUUCGUAACGUGAAGUUUAAAAUGCUCGAUGCCGUGAUAGCACAAGAGGCGUUGUAUCGCGGCGGAGGACAAAUCAUUCCCACCGCUAGACGUUGUGCAUACUCUGCCUUCUUGAUGGCCACUCCCCGUCUCAUGGAACCAUAUUAUUUUGUUGAGGUUACAGCGCCCGCUGAUUGUGUCAGUUCUGUAUAUACAGUGUUGGCAAAGCGGCGUGGUCACGUAACAACCGAUGCACCCAUUCCAGGAUCUCCAUUGUAUACUAUAAAAGCAUAUAUACCAGUAAUAGAUUCAUUCGGUUUUGAAACAGAUUUGCGAACGCACACACAAGGCCAAGCUUUUUGCCUUUCUGUGUUUAGUCACUGGCAGAUAGUUCCUGGGGAUCCUUUGGACAAAAGCAUUAUCAUAAGGCCUCUUGAACUCCAGCCAGCUCCGCACUUGGCUCGUGAAUUUAUGAUAAAGACUAGGCGGCGAAAAGGUUUGUCAGAGGACGUAUCUGUCAAUAAGUUCUUCGACGACCCUAUGCUUAUUGAAUUGGCGAAACAGCAAGAUGUAUUUAGCUAUGCCAAUUUCUGA